AUGUUGAUGGCAGGACAAAGGGGCACCUGGACCAUGGACAACGUGGUAGAGAAAAGUUUGGAAGGGCCCCUGGCACCUUCUACAGAUGAGCCCUCCCAGAAAAGGGGAGACCUGGUAGAAAUCUUAAAUGGGGAUAAGGUAAAAUUUGACGACACUGGACUCUCCUUAAUUCUGCAGAAUGGCCUGGAGACCCUCCGAGUGGAAAACGCUCUGACAGACGUCAUCUUGUGUGUGGACAUUCAGGAAUUCUCCUGCCACCGCGUGGUGCUUGCCGCGGCCAGCAACUAUUUCAGGGCCAUGUUCUGCAAUGAUUUAAAGGAAAAGUAUGAGGAGAGGAUCAUCAUCAAAGGGGUCGACGCAGAGACUAUGCACACUCUUCUGGACUACACGUACACCAGCAAGGCGCUGAUCACCAAGCAGAACGUCCAGCGGGUCCUGGAAGCUGCUAACCUUUUCCAGUUCCUGCGGAUGGUGGAUGCCUGUGCGAGCUUUCUCACAGAAGCCUUGAACCCAGAAAACUGUGUUGGAAUACUGAGGCUGGCAGACACACAUUCCUUGGACAGUCUAAAGAAGCAGGUUCAAAGUUACAUCAUCCAGAACUUUGUGCAGAUUCUGAACUCCGAAGAGUUCCUUGAACUUCCUGUGGAUACUCUGUACCACAUCUUGAAGAGCGAUGACCUUUAUGUAACAGAAGAGUCUCAGGUGUUUGAGACUGUGAUGAGCUGGGUCAGGCACAAACAGUCAGAACGACUCUGCUUGCUCCCCUAUGUCCUGGAGAACGUGCGCUUGCCACUUCUGGACCCAUGGUACUUUGUGGAGAUGGUGGAAGCGGAUCCUCUCAUCAGGCAAUGCCCAGAGGUCUUCCCGCUGCUACAGGAAGCCAGGAUGUACCACCUUUCUGGCAAUGAGAUCAUUUCGGAGCGCACCAAGCCCAGGAUGCAUGAGUUCCAGUCUGAGGUGUUCAUGAUCAUCGGUGGCUGCACGAAGGAUGAACGGUUUGUGGCAGAGGUAACCUGCCUGGAUCCCCUGAGGCGCAGCCGCCUGGAGGUGGCCAAGCUCCCCAUGACAGAGCACGAGCUGGACAGUGAGAAUAAGAAGUGGGUGGAGUUUGCAUGCGUGACAUUAAAAAAUGAGGUCUACAUCUCAGGGGGCAAAGAAACACAGCACGAUGUUUGGAAAUAUAAUUCUUCAAUCAACAAGUGGAUUCAAAUUGAGUAUUUGAACAUAGGCCGCUGGAGGCAUAAGAUGGUGGUGCUCGGGGGCAAGGUCUACGUGAUCGGAGGUUUCGAUGGCUUGCAGAGGAUCAACAACGUGGAGACCUAUGACCCCUUCCACAACUGCUGGUCAGAGGCUGCGCCCCUCCUUAUCCAUGUCAGUUCCUUCGCAGCCACCAGCCAUAAGAAGAAGCUCUAUGUGAUUGGGGGAGGGCCCAAUGGGAAACUGGCCACGGACAAGACUCAGUGUUACGACCCUUCAACCAAUAAGUGGAAUUUAAAGUCGACCAUGCCAGUAGAGGCUAAAUGCAUCAAUGCAGUGAGUUUCCGGGACCGUAUCUAUGUGGUUGGAGGGGCCAUGAGAGCGCUGUACGCCUACAGCCCUCUGGAGGACAGCUGGUGCCUGGUGACCCAGCUCAGCCACGAGAGGGCCAGCUGCGGCAUCGCGCCCUGCAACAACCGGCUCUACAUCACUGGGGGGCGGGACGAGAAGAACGAGGUCAUCGCCACGGUGCUGUGCUGGGACCCCGAGGCCCAGAAACUGACGGAGGAGUGCGUCCUGCCCCGGGGGGUGUCGCACCACGGCAGUGUCACCAUCAGGAAGUCGUACACCCACAUUCGGAGGAUCGUGCCUGGAGCUGUGUCGGUCUGACUGCGGGAGCGCGGA